CUGCCCUUUCUCUCUCUAGAGAAAUACUGAACAACCUAAGAUAAAAUACCAGAGAAGCUCUCGGAUAGAGAUUAGAGAGACAGGAGAAACCAUUUCAGAGGCAAGGAAGAAGAAGAAGAAAACGACCAUAAUCACAAGCGAUGAAGCAGGUCUCGCCGGAGGCAGUUUUAUCGUCUUCCUCGGAGGCGGACCAGUCGCAACCGGGGGUUUCUUCGACUUCGUCGACGACGGAGAAACCGCUGUCGUCGUCUUCGAUAUCUCCGGCGGAGGACCUGCAGGUGGGAUCGUCAAGGGAUGGGAGCGGAGGCGCGCAGGAGAUCGUGGCCGUCGAUCGACGAGGCGAGUACGCCGCCAUGUGCCGAUGGAUGGUCCAGAACUUCCCCCGUGUCAAGACCAAGGCACUGUGGAGCAAGUACUUCGAUGUCGGAGGCUACGAUUGCCGCCUCCUGGUUUACCCUAGGGGCGAUUCCCAGGCGCUCCCGGGUUACAUCAGCAUCUAUCUCCAGAUCAUGGACCCUCGCGGAACGACGUCGUCUCGCUGGGACUGCUUGGCUAGCUACCGUCUCUCCAUUGUGAACCAGGUCGACGAUUCCUUGCCCAUCCACAAGGAUUCGUGGCACAGAUUCUCUAGCAAGAAGAAAUCUCACGGCUGGUGCGAUUUCACCCUCAACUCUAAUGUCUUGGAUCCCAAGUCGGGUUUCCUGUUUAAUAACGAUUCUUUGUUGAUUACCGCUGAUAUCUUGAUCUUAAACGAGUCCGUCAGCUUUAGUCGUGAUAACAGCAAUGACGGGCAGUCGUUGUAUAAGGAGAAUUCGAUAGCUGGAGCCGUGCCAGAUGUUUUGAGUGGCAAAUUUACUUGGAAAGUUCAUAAUUUUAGUUUGUUUAAGGAAAUGAUUAAGACCCAGAAGAUAAUGAGUCCUGUUUUCCCUGCCGGGGAGUGUACUUUGAGGAUCAGUGUUUACCAGAGCGUGGUCAAUGGACAAGAAUAUUUGUCCAUGUGUUUGGAGAGCAAAGACACCGAGAAGACGGCCAUCUCUGACAGGAGCUGUUGGUGUUUGUUUAGAAUGUCUGUAUUGAACCAGAAGCCUGGAUGCACCCACAUGCAUAGAGAUUCUUAUGGGAGGUUUGCUGCUGAUAAUAAGAGUGGGGACAAUACAAGCUUGGGCUGGAAUGAUUACAUGAAGAUGUCUGAUUUUGUGAACUUGGAAUCAGGGUACUUAGUGGAUGAUACGGCCGUCUUUAGCACCUCGUUUCAUGUUAUCAAAGAACUCAGUUGCUUCACUAAGAACACAGGUUUGAUCGGGGGAAGGAAUACAAAUGGAGCCAGGAAGUCAGAUGGACACAUGGGUAAAUUCAGUUGGAGAAUCGAAAAUUUCACAAGGUUGAAAGAUCUUCUGAAAAAGAGGAAGAUAACGGGUCUUUGCAUCAAAAGUAGGAGGUUUCAAAUUGGGAAUCGGGAUUGUCGUCUUAUUGUUUAUCCACGAGGGCAGUCACAGCCACCCUGUCAUCUUUCAGUGUUUCUUGAAGUAACGGAUUCUCGAAGUAGUAGUGAUUGGAGCUGUUUUGUUAGCCACCGGCUAUCAGUUGUGAAUCAGAAAAUGGAGGAUAAAUCUGUGACUAAGGAAUCUCAGAAUCGCUACUCAAAAGCUGCAAAGGAUUGGGGUUGGCGUGAAUUUGUGACACUCACAAGUUUGUUUGAUCAAGACUCUGGAUUUCUAGUUCAAGAGACCGUGCUAUUUUCAGCUGAGGUUCUUAUUCUGAAAGAGACAUCUAUAAUGAAGGACUUCACAGACACUGAAUCAGCUGAUUUAGUUCCCCAGAUCGAUAGCGGUGGGAAAAGAAGUUCAUUUACAUGGAAAGUGGAGAAUUUCUUGGCUUUCAAAGAAAUAAUGGAAACUCGAAAGAUCUUUAGCAAAUAUUUUCAGGCUGGUGGAUGCGAACUUCGGAUUGGUGUGUAUGAGUCCUUCGAUACCAUUUGCAUAUAUCUAGAGAGUGACCAAUCUGCGGGUACCGAUGUGGACAAGAAUUUCUGGGUUAAAUACAAGAUGGGUAUUCUGAAUCAAAAGAAUCCUGCUAAAAGUGUGUGGAAGGAGUCAUCGGUUUGUACCAAGACAUGGAACAAUUCAGUCUUGCAAUUUAUGAAAGUGUCAGAUAUGUUGGAGGCUGAUGCAGGGUUUCUUGUGCGCGACACUGUUGUUUUUAUGUGUGAAAUAUUGGAUUGUUGCCCUUGGUUCGAGUUUUCAGACCUAGAGGUCUUAGCUUCAGAUGAUGAUCAGGAGGAUGCCUUAAAUACUGAUCCCGAUGAGGUAAUUGACUCAGAGGACAGUGAAGGAAUGAGCGGAGACGAGGAAGACACAUUCCGGGAUUUUCUUAUUAGAGCUGGAUUCCAUCUUUCGUAUGGGGAAAAUGCUUCACAACCACAAGUUACUCUUCGAGAGAAGCUUCUGAUGGAUGCUGGUGCAAUCGCUGGUUUUCUGACUGGAUUGCGUGUAUAUCUCGACGAUCCUACUAAAGUAAAGCGAUUACUCCUUCCGACUAAAAUUUCCGGUAACGACAGAAGCAAGCUAACAAAAAGCGAUGAAUCUUCACCGAGCCUGAUGAAUUUGUUGAUGGGUGUCAAAGUUCUGCAGCAAGCAAUCAUUGAUUUGCUAUUAGAUAUAAUGGUAGAGUGUUGCCAACCAUCAGAGGAAGGUUCUCAUUGUGAGCAUUCUGUAAUGUACUCCAAAAGCCAUGGUUAUGAAGAAGAAGAAGAAGAAGAAGAAGAAGAAGCAGAAGCUCUGUCGGAAUCAACAAGGGAAAAUGGAGCAACAGAGACUUGGGAACAUCCUAUUGAGGAGAGAUUCGGUUCGGGUACAGAUGAUAGUCUCAAUACCGAAGCUGUACAAAGCUCCGAGAUGAGCGGAAUCGAUAUGCUUGAGAAGGCCUUUGCCAUAGAUCCUCUUUGCCGGCAGUCCUCUGAAAAUGCAUCACUCCAAACAAAGGUGGAGUGGUUGUUUUCCUGAGAAGAGCUUCUGGGUCUGAUUGUCAACUCACUAAAAGCCCUUGACGGGGUUGUUCCUCAAGGCUGUCCAGAGCCAAUGCGGCGACCAAACUCUGCUCAAAAGAUUGCUCUUGUCUUAGACAGAGCCCCCAAACAUCUUCAACCAGAUCUUGUCAGUUUGGUUCCGAAACUGGUUGAGCAUUCAGAGCAUCCACAGGCUGCUUCUUCCCUUCUCGAACGGCUUCAGAAACCUGAAGCCCAACCAUCAUUGUGUCUGCCGGUAUUCAAUGCUCUUAGCCAAUUGGAAUGCGACAGUGAAGUGUGGGAGCGCAUCCUAUUCCAGUCAUUCGAGCUUUUGAGAGACUCGAACGAGGAAUAUCUUGUUCCGACCGUCGAUUUCAUAUUUAAGACUGCCUCUCAGUGCAAUCGCCUUGAUGUUGCUGUGAGAUCUAUCCGCGAGCGGAUGAAAAUUCUUGGGUCUGAUGUAUCUCCUCGUGUCCUCGAGUAUCUAAGUAAAGCCGUGCGCAAUUGGCAAGAUGUUGCCGAAAUGAUACUGAGAGAUAUCGAUCCGGACGACAGUUUCGGCGGAAAUUGCGUGCCAUUGCCUUGUGGGUUCUUCCUGUUCGGUGAAAACUCCGAAAUGUCUGGCUUGACGGAUGAACAUGCAAUCCAUGCUAAUCGUCACUUUUUCGAUGUGUACAUCCUGUUGGAGAUGUUGUCAAUAUCCUGCCUAGCUGCAGAGGCAUCCCAAACAUUUGAGAGAGCCGUGGCUCGGGGACUGAUUGUUCCUCAAUCUAUUGUCAUGCUCCUCGAAAAGCGUCAUAUUCCGAGCUUGAAUCCUAAUGCUGCAAUGGGGGAUAGUUCUUUUAUGCAUCAAGAUCAUGUAUUAGAGGGAAAAGCCAGCGAGCAGCCUGCAGAUGGGGGUAUCGAGUUUGUGACAAUUCUCGGUCUAGCCGAGACAUUGGCAAACUCCCAGGAUAUUCACGUGAAGGGGUUUGCGAAAACGCUCUACACAAUAUUAUUCAAAUGGUUUCCCGAUGAGUCGUGUAGGCAGAGAAUGCUGAAGAGACUUGUAGAUCGGUUCACGACGGCGGGUAGUAGCAGUCGGGAUUCGGAUAUAGAGUUGGAUAUUCUUGUAAUUCUGAUUUGUCAGGAGCAAGAAGUUGUCAAACCUGUGUUAACCAUGGUGAAAGAGGUUGUUGGACUUGUGCAUGUCGAUCGGGCGGCUCUGUGGCACCAGUUGUGCACGAACGAGGAAGAACUUGUUCGCACGAGGGAAGAACAGAAGGUCGAGAUUCAGAAUCUGACGAAGGAAAAAUCCGCUCUAACACAAAAACUGAGUGAUUCCGAGGCAGCAAACGCCCGUCUCAAGUCCGAUACGAAGGCGGAGAUUGAUCACUUUGCCCGGGAAAAGAAGGAGCUGUCGGAACAGAUCCGAGAGGUCGAGAGCCAACUGGAGUGGAUUCGCUCGGAACAUCAAGACGAGAUAGAUAAGCUCUCGUACGAGAAGAAGACUCUUUCGGAUCGCCUUCACGAGGCAGAGACACAACUUUCUCUUCUGAAAACUCGGAAACGAGAUGAACUGAAGAGGGUGGUGAAGGAGAAAAAUGCUCUGGCAGAGAGGUUAAAGAGUGCGGAGGCAGCCCGGAAAAGAUUUGACGAAGAACUGAAACGGUAUGCUACCGAGAACGUGACUCGGGAAGAAGUCCGGAAAUCACUCGAGGACGAGAUCAGGAGACUGACGGAAACGGUAGGGCAGACAGAAGAAGAAAAGCGCGAGAAAGAAGGCCAGAUCGCUCGGUGCGAAGCAUACAUUGACGGAAUGGAAUCCAAAUUGCAAGCUUGCCAGCAAUACAUCCACUCGUUAGAAUCAUCGCUUCGGGAGGAAAUCUCGAGGCACGCACCGUUGUACGGUGCGAAUUUAGAGAGCCUAUCGAUGAAGGAGUUGGAGACAAUAGCUCGGAUACACGAGGAAGGGCUAAGGCAGAUCCAUGCUCUUCAACAGCAACGAAAGGGAAACACUCCAUCACAUGGGCAUGGGUUCUACCCAACCGCGCAGUCACAGCUUCCCUCGGUGGCCAUGGGUUUUCCGCCUCAGCUGAUCCAGAACGGUUCGAACGGUCACCUGAGCGGUUCGGUCCGGCCUUGGUUUUAGCCGCCUCCCCGGAAAAGCCCUUUGGAGUGAGAUUAAGAAUUAGCCUCUGAAUUUGUAUAAGAGGUAAUCAUAAUCUUCCUGCUUCACUUCUUCUUUUUCUCCAUAUAUAUAUAUAUAUAUAUGUAUAUAUGUAUGGGGGUGUGCCCAGUGGAACUGACAGUGGCAGAAGUGCCUUGCUUCUUUAAUUUUUUUUUUUUGGCUUAUAUAUGUAUAUGUAUAUAUAUGCCAAUGCUAUUCACAGAUUCGUAGGUGUUUUCAAGGAAGUCUCCCAUCAUAGUGUCAA